CCGGGGAGGCCCGGGAGGCCGCGGCGCGGUCAGUCGAGCCGAGCCGAGCCGAGCCGCGCCGAGCCGAUCGCCAUCGGCUCCGGCUCUCGCGGGCGGUCCCGGCCGGCGGCGCGGCCUGGCGGGCCGGGCGGCGCUGCAGCCCAUGGAGCUCGAGAACAUCGUAGCGAACACGGUGCUACUCAAGGCCCGGGAAGGUGGUGGCGGGAAUCGCAAAGGCAAAAGCAAGAAAUGGCGUCAGAUGCUGCAGUUCCCCCAUAUCAGCCAGUGUGAAGAGCUUCGGCUCAGCCUUGAACGUGACUACCACAGCCUGUGUGAGCGGCAGCCCAUUGGGCGCCUGUUAUUUCGUGAGUUCUGCGCCACAAGGCCUGAGCUGACCCGCUGUAUUGCCUUCCUGGAUGGGGUGGCUGAGUAUGAAGUGACCCCAGAUGAGAAACGGAAGGCGUGUGGGCGGCGACUAAUGCAGAAUUUUCUGAGCCACACGGGUCCUGACCUCAUCCCCGAAGUUCCCCGGCAGCUGGUGAGUAACUGUGCCCAGCGGCUAGAGCAGGGACCCUGCAAAGACCUCUUCCAAGAGCUGACCCGGCUGACCCACGAGUACCUGAGCAUGGCCCCUUUUGCCGACUACCUCGACAGCAUCUACUUUAACCGUUUUCUGCAGUGGAAGUGGCUGGAAAGGCAGCCAGUGACCAAAAACACCUUUAGGCAGUACCGAGUUCUGGGCAAAGGUGGCUUUGGGGAGGUAUGUGCCUGCCAGGUGCGGGCAACAGGCAAGAUGUAUGCAUGCAAGAAACUGGAAAAGAAACGAAUCAAGAAGCGGAAAGGGGAGGCCAUGGCGCUCAAUGAGAAGCAGAUCCUGGAAAAAGUGAACAGUAGGUUUGUAGUGAGCUUAGCCUAUGCCUAUGAGACCAAGGACGCACUGUGCCUAGUGCUGACAUUGAUGAAUGGCGGCGACCUCAAGUUCCACAUCUACCACAUGGGCCAGGCUGGCUUUCCUGAAGCACGGGCUGUCUUCUAUGCUGCCGAGAUCUGCUGCGGCCUAGAGGACCUGCACCGGGAACGCAUUGUGUACAGGGACCUAAAGCCAGAGAAUAUCCUGCUGGAUGACCAUGGCCACAUCCGCAUCUCUGACCUGGGACUGGCUGUGCAUGUGCCCGAGGGCCAGACCAUCAAAGGCCGUGUGGGCACUGUGGGCUACAUGGCUCCGGAGGUAGUGAAGAAUGAGCGGUAUACCUUCAGCCCUGACUGGUGGGCGCUCGGCUGCCUCCUCUAUGAGAUGAUUGCAGGCCAGUCACCUUUCCAGCAGAGGAAGAAGAAGAUCAAGCGGGAAGAAGUAGAGAGGUUGGUCAAGGAGGUGCCCGAGGAAUACACAGAGCACUUUUCCCCACAGGCGCGCUCACUCUGUUCUCAGCUUCUCAGCAAGGACCCUGCUGAACGCCUGGGGUGUCGUGGAGGUGGUGCCCGUGAGGUAAAGGAGCAUCCUCUUUUCAAGAAACUGAAUUUCAAGCGGCUGGGAGCUGGCAUGCUGGAACCACCUUUUAAGCCUGAUCCCCAGGCUAUUUAUUGCAAGGACGUUCUGGACAUCGAACAGUUCUCUACAGUUAAAGGGGUGGAUCUGGAACCCACCGACCAAGACUUCUACCAGAAGUUUGCCACGGGUAGCGUGUCCAUCCCCUGGCAGAAUGAGAUGGUGGAGACCGAGUGCUUCCAGGAACUCAAUGUCUUUGGGCUGGAUGGGUCAGUUCCCCCAGACCUGGACUGGAAGGGCCAGCCACCUGCACCCCCCAAGAAGGGAUUGCUGCACAGGCUCUUCAGUCGCCAAAGGUGAGCAGUGUGGGCUCCUCAUGGGUUGGCCUUGCUGCCCGACUGUGGGGAGCCCCAGGCAGCCCUUCCAUGACAGAGGCGAGAUGUAGGAGAAAGAAGUCUGGUGCCCACCUUACCCGCUCCCUCCCUGCUGCUUGCUCCCCUGUACCCUGACCCCUUCAAGCUGCUAACCUUACUUAGCAUCUGUCUCCCUGUGCCUGUCUGUCCAAGGGAUGGACAAAGGCCUUGCCCUUGCGGAUCCUGGGAGCUUUCUAGUCUUCUGCAGUCUGUUGCUAGAAAGCUCUACCCUGAUGUCACCACGUUUUGAUCAAGCUGCUACUCUGAGACUGUGGGAACCCCACACCCCCUUUCUAGGCAUGACGCUGGCCUUGGUCAGCCUUAAUGGUGACUAAUGGCACCUGCUGUGCCUCUCUCCCUUCAUGUCUUCCCUGUCCCUCCAGGAUUGCUGUGGGGACUGCAGCGACAGUGAGGAGGAGCUCCCCACCCGCCUCUAGCCCCCAGGCGGAGGCCCCUACCAGUGGUUGGCGGUAGCAGCUACUCUCAGUGACGUUUACAGUUUUGCACAGUGGUGUCCCCCAUUGUCCACUCAAGUCGUGGUCUGGGGAACACAGCCGGAACUGUCCCCAGUGUCCUCCGUCCCUCGGCCCCUGGCCCAGCUGAGUUUGACAAGGCCUGGGGUCAUCUUGGGACAAAGGUGCGUCCCUUCAGCUCUUCUCUGUGGAGCUCGGGGCUUUAUGUAUUUAUGUAUUUGUACGAAUGUAUAUAGCUACCAGAGCGAUCUUAAUUCCACCCUGAGUCUGGCACCCCAGGGCAUCUAGCCCUGGCUGGGAGAGCCAGGAGCUGGCAGAGGAGCCAAUGCCAAACUAGGCUUCUUGGGCCCAGUCCAGAUGAGCAGAGUAUGGGCCAGGUCAGACCUCUGACCCCCAGCAUUGCACUGGUCACCACCAACCUCCAAGUGAGCCUGUGCCUGCCUGUCAUGGACUUAAACCACCACCUUCUGGUGCCCAGUGCUGUCACUUUUUCUCAGCAUUUGUUAGAGCUGGAAAUGGGGGCUUUGUAUCCUCUAGGCCUGGGUCAUGCUGUAACCACAGACUGAACUGACUGGGACCCAUCAGACCAUGAGAUGGGUCACCUGCAUACUAUCCCUUAUUCUGGGUCAUGUCCUGAAGAUACAUUUUUCAGAAGUGCCCCAGCCCAGGCCAUAGGAGGGGUUAGCAUUACCCCUCCAACAUUCCAGAAUCCCUCAUAAAAGUAGACAUGUGCCCAGCAAUAAUCCACCCUUCCCUGUGUGUGCCUGCUGGGGGUAGGGGUUGAGUGUAUACCAGUGUGUGAAGAGGGUUGGGUAAGGCUGUGCCUAAGCCCAGACCCUAGCCCUGGCCCGUCCCAGAUUGUGAUGGCCGUCCUGAUGCUAGUGUUAGGACAACGUGGGACCAUAAAAGGCCCUGGCUUUUGCAUAUUUAAAGCCAAUGUAAGCUGCCACGUGUCUUUGUGUGACCAAUGUGAGCUGCCACGUGUCUCUGUGCGAAUACAGUCUUGAGCACAAGCCUGGCCAGCCACUCCUGCCUGUCUCUUUUUUAAAAUUAUUUCUGGUGUUUCAA